AUGGAUCAUCAUUCUAUUCCGAAGAUUGGAUUCAAUUCAGCAAGCUGCACUCCCGAAUCAGGAUUCCUACCAAGCAUCAAUUCGAAGAAAGCAGUUACAUUGGAACUCAGUCAUGGAAACGACACACAAAUCAUUUCAUUGCCUACUGAGAAACUCAACGAGAAUAAGAGAUAUUAUGUGACUUUCACUGUUAAAGGUCAUGAAGCACCUGAAGACAAUAUGAGCAACAUUGUUAAUGAUGAUACGGCACAUAGACAUUCUAGAAGUAAUUGA